GCACAAUCUGUGUCCAUACGCGUCCUUCUGUUUCCAACGCGAUGACCCGACGGUCUCCGAUAUCAGUGUUACCAUCGUCGCCUACCAGCGCAGCCGAGUGGAAGAUUCUGCAAAACUGCGGAUCCUGGCUGCCACCGAGGCUGGCCAGGGCACGUGGUCCUCUGGACCCACAAACUCUUCCAGACCUGGCUCAAGCCGAUCAACUGUGCCCUCUUCUGGGAAGGAUGUGAACAGCAGCCAGGUCGGCACGCCACUCCUGGGGCUUCCCGGCCCGAGGGUCCCGCGGAUCUCCCACUCCCUCAGGAUGAAGCUGCAGAUGUUGUUAGACGCACGUUCUACCCUUGGAAACGACUGGAGAGCUUUCGCCGGCAAGCUCAACCUCGACCACUGCAUACGCUGGUUGGAGACCCAGCCCAGUCCUAUGGCCAUUCUGCUGGACAGGUUUGAGGAGGAGGGCCGUACUGUGCAGGACCUCGGCUGCCUACUGUACCAGAUAGAGAGGCUGGACGCAGCGGCAACAGUCAUGGAACACCUGAAGGAGGCGGAACCACGCAGGGGGUCUGAUCAUACCACCAACUCCAGCAGUGAUGUUACAAUGGCAACUGAAGAUGCUGUAGAGGAUGACCAGGCUGUCAGUGAGGAUGAGCAAUCCACAGAUCUUUGAACAGUGCUUUUGCAU